CGGCACAAAAAUAUAUUUGUUUAGAGUAUGCGUUUCAAGAACAACUCAACACUUCUCUAAAUUUUCAUUUCUCCGGCAACGUUCAUAAACACAAAAAUGUUUGCGGAGACAGCUGCUAAAGUUCAGGAAGUUCGAGAUGUUACUCGAAUUGAAAGAAUUGGAGCACAUUCUCACAUUCGUGGCCUUGGAUUGGAUGAUACUUUGGAUCCAAGAGCUGUUUCACAGGGAAUGGUUGGACAAGUUGCAGCUAGAAGAGGGGCUGGAAUUAUAUUAGAAAUGAUUAAAGAAGGAAAAAUAGCUGGAAGAGCAGUUUUAAUUGCUGGACAACCUGGGACAGGAAAAACUGCUAUAGCGAUGGGCAUGGCUCAAGCUCUAGGGACUGAUACACCAUUUACUGUAAUAUCUGGAAGUGAAAUUUUUUCUUUAGAAAUGUCUAAGACUGAAGCUUUGACUCAAGCAUUUAGGAAAUCUAUUGGUGUAAGAAUUCAGGAAGAAACUGAAAUUAUAGAGGGUGAGGUAGUGGAAAUUCAAAUUGAUCGUCCAGUUUCUGGAACUGGUAAUAAAGUUGGAAAAUUAACUUUGAAAAGUACAGAUAUGGAAACAACAUAUGAUUUAGGUCAAAAAAUGAUAGAGAGUUUGAGCAAAGAAAAAGUCCAAGCUGGAGACAUUAUUUGUAUUGACAAAGCCACAGGAAAAAUAACAAAGCUAGGUCGCUCGUUUACAAGAGCUCGGGAUUAUGAUGCUACUGGUGCCCAAACAAAGUUUGUCCAGUGUCCAGAAGGGGAACUUCAGAAGAGGAAAGAAGUUACACAUACUGUUACUUUGCAUGAAAUUGAUGUCAUGAACAGUCGUACGCAAGGCUUCUUGGCACUUUUUUCAGGUGAUACUGGUGAAAUCAAACUUGAAGUGAGAGAACAAAUCAAUGCAAAAGUUGCUGAAUGGCGAGAAGAAGGCAAAGCUCAAAUCAUUCCAGGUGUUUUGUUCAUUGAUGAAGUACAUAUGUUGGACAUUGAAUGUUUUUCAUAUCUUAACAGAGCUCUUGAAAGUGACCUAGCUCCUAUUUUGAUUAUGGCGUCUAACAGAGGAAUUACCAAAAUAAGAGGAACAAACCAUACAAGUCCUCAUGGUAUUCCGUUAGAUUUAUUGGAUAGAUCUGUCAUAAUCAGCACUAGUCCUUAUGAUGAAGAUGAAACGAAAAAAAUUUUGAAAAUAAGGUGUGAAGAAGAAGAUGUUGAAAUGAGUGAUGAUGCUUUACUAGUGCUUACAAAAAUUGGUGUUGAAACUUCUCUGCGAUAUGCCAUUCAACUUAUCACUGCUGCAAGUUUAGUAUGUCAAAAGAGAAAGGGUACUGAAGUUACCAUAGCUGAUGUUAAAAGAGUUUACACAUUAUUCCUGGAUGAAGCUAGAUCCAGUCAGUUUUUGAAUGAAUAUCAAAGUGACUUUAUGUUUAAUGAGCUUGAAGCCGAGAAAGAAACAAAAGCCAUGGACACAUCUUAACUUGACUUAAAAGAAAUUAGAUAUUUCACUUUUCAUAUCAUUUGUAACUGUAAACUUAGUUCAAAAUAAAUUCACCUUUCUGUUGUUUCAUAUACACA